AUGUCGCUAGCUGCAUCAAAUCAGGAAACAAAUAAUAAAACAGCUAACAACGGCGAAAGGAAGAUCAAAGAGUUGCUCAUUGAAGCUUUGACAAAAGAGCCCAAUGGAUUGACUGUCAGUCAGUUAUAUAACUACAUCGUAGCCAACAGCAAAACAUUCACUUUGAAAGAUAUCACUUGGCAGGGCAAUGUGAGACAUCUCUUGUCCAAAAAAAGUUAUUUCCGUAAAACUGAUGUUAAGAAUGCAACUCAGCGGGGAAGGUAUUGGGUAUUUGAUGUUAAUAUAUACAACCAAUUAAGAACGGAAAAUAAGGACAAUUUAUUGGCGUUGUCACUUCCGAAAGAAUUGGACGUCACCUCAACAACUCAGAGGCUCAGCGCACUUUGUGAUGAUAGCGAAUCGAAUUUUUGCACGAGUAGUAACAACUUUUUGUGUUCAUCUACUGCACAAAAUACACAAAGACUAUCAAAUCAACUUUCCGUUGGCUCAUCGCAAAUGUAUGGUUAUACUUCCACAUUUUCCAAUGACCCAACAGCAAACCAAAAUAUUUAUUCAACAGCUUAUCAACAGCAUCAAUCAAAUUAUAAUGCAGUUGCGCAAUACAAUUCGUAUAGAUACAACUUUUCUAAUAACGGAUUUUUCGUCUCUGGUAAUGAUGAUAAUGAUCAAACUGCAAUGAAAAUAUCUGAACAAAAUAACCAGUUUGCAUAUGCAACAAAGAGCUCAUUCAAUCAACCUGGUGGCACAUAUUUAUUCAGCCAAAUGAAUUCUGUAGAACCUACACAAAUAUGUAAUGUGCAUAACAACUUCAGCGGUUUUCGUCAUACUAACGCAAAUGAAGGAUUCAACCAAAAUGGAUAUUAUCAACCGACAGACAACAACUUACAGGGUAGUGCAUAUUUCAACAUGAAUUCUGUUGCAUCAAACAACAACCAGCAAAAUAUAAUAAUAAACCCAGUCAUUCAGUAUUAUGGAAAUAAUCGAAGUUAA